UUGUACACAGCUGUAGUGUGCAACACGUGCGUGCUCGUGGACGCAGUUACCAUUCGUGUGUUCGCCGUUUGUGCUAGAACCAUCGGCGAAAUGGGGGUCCACGACAACAUGGAUUCGAAGUAUAAUGUUAUGGGUACAUCGGGAUUUUCGAAGCUGGCACCAAAACGUCCUAACACCGUCGUGUUUACCGAGAGCCCGAGCAAAAUUCCAAAACACGAGGGCAGUCAAACUGUCCAAUCCGAAAACGCGGAUAAAGGAAACAUUAACUUACAACAACAAAGGAAAUCUUUACCAGUUUAUAGGCUUCGAAAGCGUCUGCUCGAGGAGAUUCGACGGAACAGCACGUUGAUCGUGAUCGGCGAGACGGGCAGCGGUAAGACCACGCAGAUCCCCCAAUUACUCUUAACUUCUGGUAUCGCCGGCGGAUCUGGUUGCAUCGGGAUCACGCAACCGCGAAGAGUGGCCGCGGUCAGCGUUGCCCGUAGAGUGGCCCAAGAACAGGGGGUGGAGACCGGCAAGCUGGUCGGUUACUGCGUCCGUUUCGAGGACGUCACGUCCCUGCAGACCAGGAUCAAGUAUCUGACCGACGGUAUGAUGGUACGGGAGGCGAUGACCGACGAGAUACUGUCCGAUUACUCGGUGGUGAUCCUCGACGAGGCCCACGAACGAUCGGUCCAGACCGACGUGCUGCUGGGGGUCGCGAGGCGAGCGCAGAAUUUACGAAAGCUCAAGAAUCUGCCGCCGUUGAAGCUGCUGGUGAUGUCGGCGACAAUGGACGUCGAUAAGUUCACCAAGUAUUUUCAAGCACCGGCGGUCUACUUAGAGGGUCGUCAGCAUCCCGUGAAGAUUUAUCACGCCGUCAAGUCGCAGGAUGAUUAUGCGUUCUCCGCUCUUGUCACCGCUUUUCAGAUUCAUCGCGAUAAUUCUGCCAACGAGGACAUUCUGGUAUUUUUAACGGGGCAGGAAGAAAUAGAAGCUGCAGUCGUGAGCGCAAGACAAGUAGCUAAACAGUUGGACGGACAGGGGUAUCCGCCAUUAAAGGUCUUUCCAUUGUAUUCGGCUCUGCCGACGCAUCAACAAUUGGAAGCCUUUAAGCCGUCCCCUUCUGGAAUGCGGAAGCUUAUUUUGUCGACCAACGUGGCUGAAACGUCUGUUACAAUUGGUGGAAUUCGACAUGUGAUCGACACCGGGGUGGUCAAAGCGCGGACUCAUCAUCCGACGACAGGAUUGGAUGUGCUCAGGGUGGAAAAAGUCUCAAAGGCACAAGCGUGGCAGAGGACCGGCCGCGCUGGCCGCGAAGCGCCUGGAAAAUGUUACAGGGCCUAUACGAAAGAGGAUUUCGAAAGGAUGAAGGAGAUGCCGAUCCCGGAGAUACAAAGAUGCUCCCUGGCGGGUGUAGCGCUUCAGCUGCUCGCGAUCGGUGUCGACAUCACCACCUUUGAUUUCAUGGACAAACCGCCGAAGGAUGCCGUCGACGUCGCUGUGACCUGCUUGGAGAAACUCGGCGCUGUUAAAGGUUCUCCGCCGCAGCUGACUACACACGGCAGAACGAUGUCCUUAUUCCCAUUGGAUCCGAGAUUCACCAAAGUGAUUCUCGCGUCUGUGGAGUACCAGUGUCUCGAGGAAGCUCUGAUAGUCGUCGCGCUGUUGUCAGGAGAGUCUGUCUUCACCGAUCCACCUGCCAAAAGGCAACAGGCUUACGUUGCCAGGUCAAGAUUCGCGUCACCCGAGGGAGACCAUGUCACGUUGCUGAACGUUUUUCGCGCAUACAUGAACACGAAGCAGAAGAAGGUCUGGUGUCACGAGAACUUUCUGCAUCAUAGAAAUCUGGAGUACGCCGCGGAGGUGCGACAGCAGCUCGCCGCAUUGGCGAAACGUGCGAAUUUGGAGAAGGCCAGCUGCGGGACGAAUACCGAGCAACUGAGGAGAGCGCUCCUCGAGGGCCUGUACGAUAACCUCGCCGAACUGCAGAGGGAUCAAUCUUACGUCACUGUGAGCUCGAAGCAGCCGGUCGCGAUACAUCCUUCCUCGACGUUACACGGUACCAAGCCGCCGCUAAUAUUGUUCACGGAGGUUGUAGCCACUGGAAGAUGUUACCUCCGCGGUUUGUCUGUCAUCGAGUCCACGUGGCUGUCUGAAAAAGGUCUCAAUAUCGGGAAACACGACUAAAAGACAUUUUCCCGUAGAGCCAGCCGUGCUCUUGUGGAUCAAUUCUAUUGUAAAAAAGGAAAAGAAGAAGAAACUGUUCCGAGAUGUUACUUUUAACCAGAUCGUUGUAAUUGCGUGGAAUCGACACGACUUGUUUCUCUAUUCUCUGUACAGUCGUUUAAUAAAAUGUUUUUAUUGUCUCGUU